AUGCCUGGUUUUUGUCUUGUCGACAAUUAUAAUUCUCAUGUCAAAUCAUUGUCCAGUGGUUUGGAUUUGGAAUUUUUACCGCUUCACAUCGUUUCAGUCUUAGAAUUAAAAACAAAAUUGAAAGAUUCCGAUGUUGGACAAUUAUUACAUUAUCUUCGAAUUAUAUUGGAUUAUUCUCCUUCAUCACGUUCAUUUAUCUUAGGUGCAAUUACUGAUUUUCGUGAUAUCCGCUUUGCAAUGGUGAGAAGGUCAACUGAUGAUGAUGAUCAAUUCAAAUAUGAAGCAUCACUCAAAGAACUUCAAGAUGAAAAUGAAUAUCUAUCACAGUACUUAACAAUGUUUUUCACAGCUGAUCGAUCAAAAUUUGGUUUUUGUCGUUUGGAACCAUUGCCUGAUAACAUUCGGAUUGAUAACAGAUUACUCGGUAUUGGAGCAAAUGCCAUGGUUUUUAGUUGCUCGUUGAUCAAUGGUCAAUCCAAUGAAUAUGCUCUGAAAAUUAGUAAUGAUUCAGUUCAGAAAGAAGUGUCGAUCUAUCAACAAUUAUAUGCUGACAAAUAUCGAAUUGUUCAAGUUCAUUCAAAUGCUUUUUUAUUCCUCCAUCCACCUGGUCCAGUUGUAUCAAAAGAAAAUAUACUGAACAAUGCCCAUCUGAUCUGGAAUCAAAUUAAAAAAGCACAUCAACGGAGGAUAUUACAUCGUGAUAUUAGAAGAUCAAACAUUAUUGAAAUUUUCAAUGAGAAAAUAAACAGUAACGAAAUCUUGUUGAUCGAUUGGCAAAGUUCAAUGGAAUUUGGCUCAACUAUGAAAUAUAAUGGAACAUUAUCCACAGCAUCGAAAUUCAUUCUAGAAGAAUUAGCAAAGAAUAGAGACUCCUCUUUGGAAUGUUUGCCAGUUGAUGAUUGUGUUUCAUUCAUGAAAAUGAUUUUAUUAGAGCUGAUUGCAGAACCUUUCAAAGUAGCGCUUUCAUCCGAAGUUCAACAAGGAUCGUACAGUGGAAUUCUCGGUGUUUAUUGUCAAAUGAAAAAGAGCUGGAAAAAGAAACCACCGAUUCUAUUCGAAGUGAUCGACUUCUUAGAAAAACAUCGUCAACAUUUCAAUGAAGACAAAUUAAAUGCUUUUCUUGAUCAAUGUCUGGAGAAUCGUCAAUCUUUAUUUCAAUUAGACAAUCAACAAACAGACGACAAUUAUUUCAACCAGUUAACAAGACAAAUCUUUCCGUCUUGA